GUUUGCAUCACUAACGGGGCCCGCCUUAACACUCCUCACAAUAAGGAGGGGUCUGAGGGUUCAUCUCUUGCUCAUUUAUAACUGCCCCCGAAGCUAAGCCUUUAAUAAACACGAGUUAGAGGAAAGGCGGCGAGCAGGGGGGUCCUCAUACCUGCCCUUGUCAGCCUGUCUGAGCCAGGGAUUUACUUGCAACUAAACGGAUGCCUUCUGUGGGGUCCCGAGAUUGGGAGAGGCUUUCCUGACUUGGGGAAGCGAUAGAGCACAAGACACUUUUUUUUCCAGGAAAAGGUUUAAGGCAAAGUUUUAAGCCAAAUUGAGCGCCCGUCUGUAUUGGGCAGGAGAGAAACACCAAAUUUUGAGAUUUAUCUGUCUGGUGUUGUGGCUUGCAAAAAUGUCAUCUAGCGUUCAGACAUUCCGCGCCCAUAAAGGACAAUUCGCCGAUCAACUGGUCAACAACCGGAAAAGCCAAUGUGCAGAUAAUGAGAAAACCCAGCAAAAUCAAACAGAUGAAUUGGAUUCCAAGGACCCCUCCAUUAAGAAAAAGCAGAGGCGCCAAAGAACACACUUCACAAGCCAACAACUGCAGGAGCUGGAGGCAACUUUUCAAAGAAACCGAUACCCGGACAUGUCGACCAGGGAGGAGAUAGCUGUCUGGACGCACUUAACCGAAGCACGAGUAAGGGUGUGGUUUAAAAAUCGCAGGGCCAAGUGGAGGAAAAGGGAGCGCAACCAACAGGCCGAGCUGUGCAAGAAUGGGUUUGGCGUCCAGUUCAACGGAGUCAUGCAACCCUACGAUGACAUGUAUUCCGGCUACUCCUACAACAACUGGGCUACCAAGAGUUUGACCAGCAGCCCCCUGUCGGCCAAGAGCUUCCAAUUCUUCAACUCCAUGAACGUCGGGCCCCUAUCCACGCAGCCCAUGUUCUCUCCCCCCAGCUCGAUCUCAUCUAUGACCAUGCCGGCCUCCAUGGUUCCUUCUGCGGUGCCCGGGAGCAGCCUGAAUAAUUUAAACAGCUUGAACAACCUUAACAACCCCAGCCUCAACUCGGCCAUGACCGCCGGCGCCUGUCCUUAUGCAUCUUCUGCCAGCCCCUACUCGUACCGAGAUACCUGCAACUCAAGCCUCGCCAGCUUGAGGCUCAAGGCAAAACAGCACACCAAUUUCGGCUACCCGGGAGUCCAGAACCAGGUGUCCAACCUAAGUCCGUGUCAAUAUGCUGUGGACAGACCUGUAUGAGCCUAAUGGUUGUUGUUAACAUUCGGUUUCACCCUAAAUAUAUGACCUUUGACCCCUCAAUGUACAUCACCAGUCCCUUGACAGCGCUGGCUGAAACAGUGCCUGUCCUACUGCGAAGACAACUUCCCAUUUCACGUUGGACAGGUUUUAGAGAGCUUUCAUGAAAGUGUUAUACUCGUAACUAUUGCAGACAAAAAAAAUGUUAAUGAUAUACAAUCCAAAAUAUGCAUGACCAUUACAAUCCGCCUUCUAGAUUGUAAUGCGGGGUCUGCUGUAUAUAUAAUGAACUUUUUUGUUUUCCUUUUGUAUGUGAAAUAAUUAUAGUGUUUUUAAAGGUUAAAAGAAAGCAUGUCCUCUAACUGCAUACCUAUGGUCACUUGACUUGCGCCUUGGUUAAUAGAUUAGGAAUAGAAAGACUGAUCUGUUGUGAAUGACUCACUGUUGUAUAUCCUCACACAGUCACUCUCAUGUAGUCCUGCACCGCCUCUAUACUGCUCACAAAACGACCUUUUAUGCAUUUUUUUCAUUCAGCGGCUCAUCAGCGUUUGACCACAAGUCCACAUCCCUUUCAACACAUCCCCACUUUGUAAUCUGAGAAUUGCUGCAGGUUAAUGGGCUCGUUUUUCUGUGGGUCUUUCCUUAAUUUGUCGAGUUAUGAAUAUUUGUAACGGUUUGGCUUGAUGCUGGUAGCUCUAGCAUUUCUCAUUUAAUCUACUGUGCGCAUCAAUCUCCAAAAAGGCCAAAGUUUACAGACAAGAUAGCUUGAUUUGCACACUGGCUAAUGCUUAAUAAACAGAUUCUACAA